CGCGGGGCGCUGGCGGCGGAGCAUCCCCUGGCCCCGGGCCGCCGCCGCCUACUGAUCUCGCCCUGUCCCUGCCGCAGCCCGCAGCGCCCCGGUGUGACGCCGCCAUGGGCAACCAGCUGGCGGAGAUGGCGCCCGCGCCGCCUUUCCUGCCGCCGCUGCAGGCGCUGCACGUGGUGGUGAUCGGGCUGGACGCGGCAGGCAAGACGUCGCUGCUCUAUCGCCUCAAGUUCAAGGAGUUCGUCAAGAGUGCGCCCACCAAGGGCUUCAACACGGAGAAGAUCCGCGUGCCCCUGGCAGGCUCCCGUGCCAUCGCCUUCCAGGUGUGGGACGUGGGCGGCCAGGAGAAGCUGCGGCCCCUCUGGAAGUCCUACACGCGCCGCACAGACGGGCUGGUCUUCGUGGUGGACUCGGUGGAGGGCGAGCGCAUGGAGGAGGCGCGGGUGGAGCUGCACAAGAUCACGCGCACCUCCGAGAACCAGGGCGUCCCCGUGCUCAUCCUGGCCAACAAGCAGGACCGGGCCGAGGCGCUGGCAGUCAGUGAGGUGGAGAAGCUGCUGGCCGUGCAUGAGCUGAGCUCUUCCACCCUGCGCCAUGUCCAGGGCUGCAGCGCGGUGGACGGGCUGGGCCUGCAGCAGGGGCUGGAGAAGCUCUACGAGAUGAUCCUCAAGAGGAAGAAGAUGCUGCGGCACAGCAAGAAGAAGCGGUGAGCCCUGCCAGGCGUUGCCCUGCCCACGGUGCGCCCUGGCGAGGUGCAGCCCUCCCUUUGCACCAGGGGCUUGCAUCUGAUGACACCUCUUCUCCCUCCUUCUCCCCACAAGUGCACAAGGGCUUUGUACAGCAGCCCACACUGGCCUGUCAGGGGCAGCAGUGUUCUCUGCAAGAUCCAGCCGCCCCCACCCCUGGCGAACUCGUGUCAGGGUUUUGGACUGUUAAUUUGAGUGUGCCAGGGACUGGGAUCCACUGGGCUCAUACCGUGCCAGGAGUACCACUGCACAGCCCACUCCAGAGCGACACCAUGUGUCAAGGCAGGACAUGGGGUGGUGCUAGGUGACUUACAGUGCCAGGUGGGGAAAUGCAUCUCUUACUACAGCUGGCUUUGGAGAGUGGCUGGGCCUGCGAUUCUGCCAUUGCUCAAGGAGGGGCAGGGAGGAGACCUUAUUUGUAUCAUUUCUCUUUUUUUACGUCAUAUGUGCAGCUUUUCCUUUUUUGGUAGAAAGUAAAUGUAAGUUAUUAAACCAGCAACUUGAAGA